UUCACUUCCCAAUUACACCACUAAACUUUCUGUUCCGGCGGCUUUUUCAGUAUAAAAUAAAAAAAACUAUUAAGAACAAUUAAUAGUGUGAUGUUUGCGGAUUUCUCGAUUGAAAACGCUGAAGAUGUCGUUGAUACUAUUUGGAGUUAUUAGCAUCAUAUUACUGAAACGUAUUGCUGAAGCGAGUAUGCAACUGGAGGGUCAAAGUGAAGUCUUUGUGACUGCUCCGGCGAACCAACCUCUGACUUUGGACUGUACGAUCACCGGCAGGCCUCAGCCAACCUACACCUGGUCGAAACAAGGAUCAUGUGGGCGCAAUCUCAACGCUACAGGUUCAAAAGUCCAUGUGACAGAUUACAUGACGAUCGGGGAUGCCGGAACGUACGUCUGCAAUGCGUUAAGUGGCAGGAACGUGGUGACCCAGAUUUACCACGUGGCCGUUAACCGUUCUGAAUUUGAUGACAAGUGUAAUUUCGAGAACAAUAACCUCUGCAGUUGGCGCCAGGAUUCGCACGAUAUUUUUGAUUGGACAUUACAGUCUGGAACUACCUCAUCGGGCGGCACCGGGCCCCCUGGUGACCACACAACUCAUGGCGGGGCCGGGAAGUACAUCUACAUCCAAGCCUCCGAUCCCCGCGUGCAGGGAGACAACGCGGCAAUUGUGUCCCACACACUUUCGGCAAAUAAGCCCACGUGCCUCUCAUUCUUCUACAACAUGUUCGGCGACAGCAUUGGGGACCUUGACGUCACUAUUGUGGACAAGUGCUCGGGACAGACGCAGACGGUUUUCCACGAGUCCGGUAACAAAGGCGAAGCAUGGAAAGAGGCGAAUGUCAGCAUUCCGGCAUCAGCGGUCCCCAACGAGUACGAAAUUAAAAUCGGGGCCACCGUCGGGAGCUCGUUUGAAGGGGAUAUAGCGUUAGAUGACAUUUUCAUUCAGGAAACAUCGUGUGCGGCCAAGAAUAUAAGACUAGUAAAUGGAUCCAGGCCAAGCCAGGGGCGUCUAGAGGUUUUCUACAAUAACACAUGGGGUACAGUCUGUGGCGACAACUUCGACGGUUCGGAUGCAAUGGUUGUCUGUCGCAUGCUAGGAUUCAUUGGGAAUCCGUUAACGUCUGCAUUCCGGGAUCAGGCUGCUUAUGGACGUGCCAACGGUCAAAUAUGGCUUGAUGACGUACGGUGUAACGGAACCGAGUCGAAUUUGUUCAACUGCCCGGCCAAUAACUGGGGUGUAACCGACUGCUCCCAUGGCGAAGAUGUCGGGGUGGAUUGUGACGUUCCCCUGAUAUUUCGACUAGUAAAUGGAUCCAGGCUUAGCCAGGGGCGCCUCGAGGUUUUCCACAACGACAAAUGGGGUACAGUAUGUGAUGACGACUUCGACAGUUUUGAAGCAAAAGUAGUGUGUCGAAUGAUGGGAUUCAAUGGGAACCUGUUCGUACCCAUAGCCUUGAGUUCGAUCACUUAUGGUCAGGGUACCGGGCAAAUAUGGCUGGAUAACAUGAUGUGCAAAGGUAGCGAGUGCAGUUUGGUACACUGCCAGACUAAACGCUGGGGCGACCACAACUGUCAACAUAGCGAAGAUAUCGGAGUGGAUUGUACCCCGGAAAUUCGACUAGUUAAUGGAUCCAGGUCUAGCCAUGGGCGUCUCGAGGUUUUCUACAACAACAUGUGGGGUACAGUCUGUGAUGAUUCCUUCGACAUUUUGGAAGCAAUAGUUGUUUGUCGCAUGCUGGGAUUCACCGGGGACCAGCUAACGUUCUCAGUCCGUGAUCAGGCCACCUAUGGACAAGGUAUCGAUCAAAUAUGGCUGGAUGAUUUGGGAUGUAAUGGUACCGAGUUGAAUUUGUUCAACUGCCGGACCAAAAACUGGGGCGAUAACAACUGCAAUCAUGACGAAGAUGUCGGAGUGGAUUGUGACUUUAGUCAAUCUGUUUCGAUAAUUGGCAAUCAGCCGGUGAAAGAAAACAGCAGCUUUACUCUUUGUUGUCCAUUGUCAACAUGCUCCACAUCCACGUGUACCUACAGAUGGUCUUCAUCGAAAGCGAUAUCCGUGUUAUCAUCUCAGCAAGACAUAACGUUCACACAUAUAACACGGGACUGGAAUACGGCAAAAUUGUUUUGUGAAAUCACCGUCAAUGGGUCUGUUUUCAUCAGAAGAUCAACCACAAUGAACGUACAGUAUGGUCCAUUAUCAGCCAACAUAUCAGUCAAUAGCCCAUUGAUAGUGACUGAUAACACAUCGCCUCCUACCGCCAUUUUGUGUUCAAGCCCCGUCUGCAACCCCAGCUGCAAUGCCAACUGGUUCAACGGUUCAACUCGAAUAUCGAGCACAACGCUUUUUAGUACACCUGUCAGUCGAUACUUUGCAGGAUCGUACACUUGUAAUGUUUCCAAUGCAGUUGGAUUUUCGACUACGCAAUUGGCGAUUAUCGUUAAUUACGGACCGUCUGAAAUAUCUAUUACACCUUCCCAAGAAAAUCACACCUUAGUGGAAGGUGCAAGUGGCCAGAACAUAAUUUGCAGCGUAUGGGACUACUUUCCGUCUUGCCGCGUGCAGUGGAAGCGUAAUAAUAUCGUCAGUCAAGACAAGAGCGUCAAUGGUGGAAGGAUUGAUCUGUUACUGUUCAGUAGGACUGUUUCGAGGGACGACACAAACAUGUACACGUGUACAGCCAAAAACCUGAACAGUUCAAUUGAGAUCAAAAGGGAGAAAACCCUGAGAUUGACCGUGCUUUAUGGGCCCGAUGCUGUGGACAUUGCGCCUACAAAAUCAACCAUUCAAGUCGUAGAAGGCCAGAGUGUACAUGUAGUUUGCACAAUACGGAGCUGUUAUAAGGACUGCAAUAUGAAAUGGACACAUUCAUCCGGCUCAACUACACAAUCUCAAAAUGUUACGUCACUUCCGCUUUUUGAAUCCACGCAUACAGUCAACCGUCAAGAGGCUGGUGUUUUCGUCUGUACGGGAACAAAUUUACAUAGUUUAAAAACUGCAAACGACACUAUGACUCUUGAUGUACUUUACGCACCUGAUGUGACGCUACAUUGGGACGAGGGUGAAAAGACGUUCACAUGUACAGCCGCGGGAAAUCCCGACACUUAUACUUUCCACGCGCUCGAGCUCCACAUAUUAGGCUCUCCGGUUAGAAACAUCAGUUUUUUAUCGGGCACAGGCGGGUUACGUUAUGCAGUGCUAAAGGAACUUAGUUACCAAGACAAUGGAACUUAUACGUGCACAGUAGAAAAUGGCAUUCUCAAAAAUGGCGCAAAAAGACGAAGUCACACAUUGGAAGUGGUAAUAAAAGACGUUCCAAUUUUGCUGGAACACACGAAGACCUAUAGCGUCUUUAAAGGCGACCCAUUGACCGUCACCAUUCCGGUUUACGCCUUUCCAGCCGUCCCGAGGACCGGAAUCGUCAUCAUGAUAGGACAUCGUAUUAUGAGUACCUCAGACAGUAUCACUGUUUACUUAGAGGACGGUAUUGGCUUCGUGUCUGUCCAUAGCAAACACAUUAAAUGCGACAUUCAAACGCUGUUAGUAGUGAUCAACGCGACGCAAGAAGAUUACUUCGGCAAUUGUACAGUGAAAUUCACUAACGCCGUUGGAACAACAACUGCACAUUUCGAAAUUUUUUCACAAGGACCACCCGACGCACCUUUACGUUUCGAGCAACAAUCGACCACUUAUGAUAGCGUUACAUUCACCGUCGAAUACGGCUCAUUCAACGGCGAGAAUCAAACGCUAGUCCUGCAGUACAGACGAUUGAACAGCAAUUCUUUAUGGGCGAAUGGCUCAUUAGCUUUCGUCGGGAAUGAACAGGAUAUCGCUAUUGCGAUGACGGUUGAUGAUCUUUCGCAUGAUACCGCCUACGAGUUUAGAGUCUAUGCCUUCAACGUGUAUGGCCAGAGCGAGUACUCGGUUGUGGUGCCAGUCGCUACUGCUUAACAUGUUAAAAUGGUCGUUGGGAGUGCAAUAGGCGGCGCUGCAGUCCUUUUUCUAAUCGUGCUGGUUGUGUACUUUGUGUGUUUGAAGAAGAAGCGUG